UAUUUGACGGAAAACACGAAAAGAUAAUACAGUAACAUGGAUUAAGUCACGCGCCAAGUUUCUUAAUUGAAUCUCAAAUUAUUUGUUAUAUGAAAGUUUAACCGAAGAGAAUAAUCAUAUAAACCAGAAUUGAACAACCGCCGGUUUUCCGGGUCAACCCGACAAAGAGGAGUCGAGACAUCGGUUCAAGCUCCGGUUCAAGCUCCGGCGAGGUUCGUUUUCCGUCGGAAAUCAGAAUCAUGUAUUUUCGAUUUCUCUUGAUGCCGUCUUCGCCCAUGUUCGAUUCUUUCUCCUUGGUACGUCGUCUGAGGUUUUCCACUUUUGACGGACUUGUUUCGCCAAGCCAUGAUCAGAUAUAUGACACACUCCUAGAAACUUGUUUGGAGCAAUGCAAACUAAUCAAGAGCCGCAAGGUGUUCGACGGAAUGCCUCAGAGACUGGUACAUGCUUUGAGAACCGGAAAAGCUGUCCAUUCCCAGAGUUUGGUACUUGGAAUCGAUUUAAAAGGCAGGCUAGGAAAUGCCAUUGUGGAUUUGUACGCCAAGUGUGCACAAGUGUCUUAUGCCGAGAAAGUCUUCAAUUCACUUGAAAAAGAUGUAAUGACGUGGAACUCGAUGUUAUCCAUGUAUUCCAGCAUUGGGCUACCAGGGAAGGUCUUCAAGAGUUUUGUGUCAUUGUUUGAGAAUCUGAUCUCUCCAAAUAAAUUCACUUUUUCGAUUAUUUUAUCAACCUGUGCAAGGGAGACCAAUAUAGAGUUUGGCAGACAGAUUCAUUGCAGUAUGAUAAAGACGGGACUUGAACGCAACUCAUAUUGUGGAGGGGCUUUAGUUGAUAUGUAUGCCAAGUGUGACCGUGUGGGUGAUGCUCGACGUGUUUUCGAUGGGAUGGUGGAUCGUAAUACAGUUUGCUGGACAUGUUUGUUAUCUGGCUAUGUCAAGGCAGGUUUGCCAGAGGAAGCCGUCAUCGUUUUUGAAAAGAUGCGGGAUCAAGGCCAUCGGCUUGACCAUUUGGCUUUUGUGACUGUCAUAAAUACGUACAUCAGUUUAGGGAAGCUCAAGGAUGCACGUUUAUUGUUUGGGGAGAUGCCAAGCCCAGAUGUGGUAGCGUGGAAUGUAAUGAUAUCAGGGCAUGGGAAACGAGGAUGUGAGACAGUGGCUAUUGACUACUUUCUCAAUAUGCGGAAAUCUAGCGUUAAAUCAACUCGUUCGACACUAGGGAGCGUUUUAAGUGCCAUUGGACUUGUAGCAAAUCUUGAUUUAGGUUUGGUAGUUCACGCAGAGGCUAUUAAACAAGGCCUUGACUCCAAUAUCUAUGUUGGGAGUUCUUUGGUCAGCAUGUAUUCGAAGUGUGAGAAAAUGGAGGCUGCUGCAAAAGUAUUUGAGGAGUUGGAGGAGAAAAAUGACGUCUUGUGGAACUCGAUGAUAAGGGGUUAUGCACAUAACGGCGACGCCCACAAGGUUAUGGAACUGUUUAUGGAUAUGAAAUCUGCUGGUUACAACAUUGACGAUUUUACCUUUACAAGCCUUUUGAGCACUUGUGCUGCAUCCCAUGAUCUAGAAACAGGAAGCCAGUUUCACUCCAUUAUCAUCAAAAAGAAGUUAACAAGAAACUUAUUUGUGGGAAAUGCAUUAAUAGAUAUGUAUGCAAAAUGCGGAGCUCUUGAAGAUGCAAGGCAAAUUUUUGAGCAUAUAUGUGAUCGUGAUUAUGUUUCCUGGAACACAAUAAUUGGGGCUUACGUCCAAGAUGAGAAUGAGAGUGAGGCUUUUGAGUUGUUCAAGAGGAUGAAUUCGUGCGAUAUGGUAUCUGAUGGAGCAUGUUUGGCUAGCACACUUAAAGCAUGUGCAAACGUUCAUGGUCUUUAUCAAGGAAAACAAGCUCACUGCCUCUCUGUCAAAUGUGGCUUAGACACAGAUCUUCAUACUGGUAGCUCGCUCAUUGACAUGUAUUCCAAGUGUGGGAUCAUUGAAGAUUCACGUAAAAUUUUCUCUUCUAUGCCUGAGUGGAGCGUUGUGUCAAUAAAUGCUUUAAUUGCAGGUUAUUCUCAGAAUAACUUGGAAGAAGCUGUAGUUCUCUUUCAAGAAAUGCUGACCAGAGGUGUUAACCCAUCUGAAAUCACUUUUGCUACCAUUGUUGAAGCUUGUGAUAAACCAGAAAGUUUGGCCCUAGGCACACAAUUCCAUGGUCAAAUAAUAAAGAGAGGGACCUCAUAUGAAGGUGAAUAUCUAGGGAUUUCCCUUUUGGGCUUGUACAUGAAUUCAAGUAGAAUGGAGGAGGCGUGUGCUCUUUUCUCAGAGUUAUCAAACCCCAAGAGUAUCGUUCUUUGGACGGGGAUGAUGUCAGGGCAUAGUCAGAAUGGUUUCUAUGAGGAGGCUUUGAAGUUCUACAAAGAGAUGCGUCAUGAUGGUGCUCUACCUGACCAGGCAACAUUUGUCACUGUUCUUCGUGUGUGUUCAGUCCUUUCCUCUUUAAGAGAAGGUAGGGCAAUCCAUUCUCUUGCUUUCCAAUUGGCUCAUGACUUGGACGAGUUAACCUCUAACACCCUAAUAGACAUGUAUGCUAAAUGUGGGGACAUGAAAAGUUCAUCACAAGUUUUCGAUGAAAUGAGGCAUAGAAGCAAUGUUGUCUCAUGGAACUCCAUGAUCAAUGGAUAUGCGAAAAAUGGUUACGCUGAAGACGCCCUUAAUAUCUUUAACUCCAUGCGACAAGCCCAUAUCAUGCCAGAUGAAGUCACAUUCCUAGGUGUUCUUACAGCUUGUAGCCAUUCAGGGAAAGUGUCAGACGGACGAAAGAUUUAUGAGAUGAUGAUAAGUCAAUAUGGUAUUGAAGCGCGUGUAGAUCAUGUGGCUUGUAUGGUUGAUCUUCUUGGGAGGUGGGGAUAUCUUCAAGAAGCCGUUGACUUCAUAGAAGCACAAACCCUGAGACCAGAUGCAAGACUAUGGUCAUCUCUUCUUGGUGCAUGUAGAAUCCAUGGAGAUGACAUUAGAGGAGAAUUUGCUGCUGAGAAGCUCAUAGAAUUAGAACCACAAAAUUCGUCAGCUUAUGUUCUUCUUUCGAACAUAUAUGCUUCGCAGGAACGUUGGGAAGAGGCCAAUGCUUUAAGGAAAUACAUGAGAGAUAGAGGAGUCAAAAAGCUACCUGGACGUAGCUCGAUUGAAAUGGGACAGAUAAGACACAAUUUUGUUGCUGGAGACAAAUCUCAUUCUGAUAUAGGGAAAAUCGAGAUGUUCCUUGAAGAUAUAUAUGAAUUGAUGAAAGAUGAUACUAUCGUCAAUAUUGGUAUCUUGGAACAUGCUUCUCUAGAUUGUGUGUAAUAACAGGGAAACACUAACGGUGGACAGCUUCUCGACCUUGUUUGAUUUUGUGAUGAAGUUAAUAACUCACCUGACAAAGUGAGGAGUCACCUUGAAAACAUUGCGACAGUGCUAGCGAAUUCACUGAUGAUGCUCGAAACCAUGGCAUUUUUUUCCAACUGUUCUCACUUGGAACAUAGUUGUUUUAGCUGUGGGAAAUAGGUUACGCUCUGUCGGAAAUGUGAACGGAAUCUCAGUCGUGCGGUGGAAGAACAAGAAGAAACAAUUGCGAUUUUCAAGGAUUGAUUCAAUCAAAUUGCCUUUCGGAUUUUCAGCUCAGAAUCGUUGAUUCUCCUAGUUCCAGGAUCAGAUGAGCGCACCAAGUGUAUCUUGUGAAUUUGAGUUUGGUUCUUCUCUUUCCACCGUUUUCAAAUUUGAGACUAAAAUUUUUGUAGCACGCUAAUGUGAUAAGGAGGAUCAAUUAAAAACGUUUAAGAACCCUUGUAUGGAUGUUUAGUGUAUUCUUUCUUCCUCGAUCCCUCGUGUUUGUGUCCUAUGUUGAGUUUAAAUUCAGAUUACAUCAGUCUCUUUCUUAGU